AUCAGACUCGGUAUGUCACAUGACGUCGGACGGGAGAACGGAUGUACUGGGAUAGUUCAUCAUCACGAUGGAUUCGUGGAAACGUCGGUUAUGUACCCUGGAAGUGCAUACGUGACGAAAAAGUGGUCCAACUGUUCUCGGAAUUAUUUACAACAUUACAUCGAAUCUGGUUUGGCUCGUUGUCUUGAGGAUGAACCAAAGGAUCAUCAUUUUCCUAUAAUGGAGAUGUUACCUGGGGUCAUAUAUAAUAGCGAUUUUCAAUGUCGUCUAAUGUAUCGUCAGGAUGUCGUUCAUUGUGAUCUCGAUAUCAACUGCGAGACUCUGAGCUGUUCUAUUCCGGAAAAGGGUUGCGUGUCAGUUAGAAAACCACCCGCUGAGGGAACCCCCUGCGCCGAGAAGAGGUGGUGUUAUAACAUGAAGUGCGUCAUGAUAGGUGAACGAUUAGGAGCGAUCGAUGGUGGUUGGAGUAGUUGGUCAUCUUGGAGUCGAUGUUCUCGUAGUUGUGGAUCCGGUGUGGCCUUUGCAAUGAGAAGAUGCGAUCAUCCAAGUCCAACCAAUAGCGGUACUUAUUGUCCCGGUAUAAGAAAACGUUACAAAAUUUGUGCCACCAAUCCUUGCGAAAUCGAUGCGCCAUCGUUCAGAGACGUUCAGUGCAAUGAAUUCAACGAUUGGGUCUUUCCAGAGGAUGGAAAAAUUCAUCGAUGGAUAGCUUAUAAUUUGCCGGAAAGUAUGUUUCAAAUUUACUUGAAAGCUUCCGAAAAUCCGUGCUCCCUAUACUGCCUAAGCGAUACGGGUUUGGUAACGUCAUUAAGGCCAAAGGUCGUUGAUGGUACUACAUGCUACAGAGGCAUCCGCGACAUCUGCGUAUCUGGCGUCUGCAGAGAGAUACCAUGCGAUCUCGAUAUGGAAUCCAACGCGGUCGAAGAUGUUUGCGGCGUUUGUCGAGGUGACAGCACAUCCUGCAAGAUCAAGGAAGGAACGUUCGUAAUCCAAGCCCAAUCAAGUCCGUUAAUUAGCCAUUAA